AGGAACGGCAGGUGCAUGCGAGAGGCGGGGCUCGGGGGCGGUAACUGAGCAGUGCAGACCGAGACCCAGGCCCAAGUGGAGGGAGGGCUCGAGAGGCUGCAACUAAAUAUAGAGCACACCUCGUCUUCAGCUCAAGACCGGCCAUGGAAAAUAUGAAAAAUGAAGUAGAAGAAGGAUGCCUAGUGGCUGGAAAUUCACCUGAAGUUCAUGAAACACUCAGUCUAAAGUCUGCAUCUUCUGAUGAUGAAUCUUUAAGAUCAAGGACUUCAAUUAAACAACACCUUCAGCAGUAUUUGCGUUCCACUCCUUGUCAGGUCUUACUGGUUGGCUUAGUGAUUGUAGACACACUGUUGGUCAUCACAGAAUUGAUGUUGGAUCUAGCAUUAAAGGAUCCAGAGUCACCUCUACCAUUUGUCUUCCAUGCACUGUCCUUGAGUGUGAUGAGUAUAUUCAUGGUGGAAAUUGGACUCAAGAUUUAUGCAUAUCAGUUGGAAUUUUUCACUCAUAAGGGAGAUGUGUUUGAUGCAGUUGUUGUGAUUGUGUGUUUUUGUCUGGAUGCUGUCUAUCUUCACUCCCAUGAUGCUCAUGCUGGUGCUGGCUUUAUGAUUGUGCUGCGACUGUGGAGGGUUGUCCACAUUCAGCGUGCUAUUGUAUCACAAAUAAAAUCAUCAGGAGACAAAAAGUUAGUGCAAGAAAAAGAGAAGAGGUACAGAGUUGAACAGGAGAUUGAGAGAUGGCGUACCACUGGCUGUGCUCAGGAGGCAUAUAUAAAAUAUCUUCAAGAGAUACUGAAGAAAAACAGUAUUUCAUAUACAGAAUACAGAAGCCCUCCUGACAGUACAAGCAGGCAAGUAGCGGUUGAGGUGACUUCCGAGUAAGACAAAGGCUUCAAAUGGUCAACUGAUACUAUCACCAAAUUCAAAGAGUACAAAACAUUGGUCUGCUGUACCUUCCGUGAAGAACUCAUCAGAUCAAAGAAAAAUAACAAGUCAAAGUAAGAGAAUUUUACUGCAGGAUAAUCUAUGGUUAAGCCUGAAUAGAAGAAACUGAUUAAUGUACAUGUGCAUGCAUGGAUGCAGGCCCACACACACACAUACAUUAUGUCUCAGGCAAUUGUCUUCUAAGUCUUACAAACAAAAUACCUCAUUCACAUCAUUUGGCUAAUACAAAAGAUUUAGCAUUCCUUGUUCCAUUUAUUUUUUCCCCUCUUUUUCAUGUUUACGUCAUCACUCCAAUUCAGUGGACUGCAUAAUCUCAUCAAUCAUUACAAUAUUAUUUUCUUAAAUUAAUUAGCUUCUCAUAUGUACCUUAUUUUGUUGGCAAAUUACUUGCACUUUCUUCUUUGAAAAAAACGUACCUAAUGUGGCCACAGUACAGAUACCUAGGCCUACAAGCUUAGGCCUUCUGGUGUGGAACUGGAACAGUAGGACAAGGGAAAGUAAAAAAGUUCAGCAAUUUAGGUAUUCAUUUGGUAAGAAUGAAAAUGAUAACCGCAUCAUUUUUCAGUGUACAUAAUUACCCUUGACUUGAAUAUUCUUGAAUCACUUGUCACAAAGGCUCUGGAUUCCUGCCAGCCAGAAGGAUUCCAGCUGCUCUUCUAACAACAUUGUCACAGCUUCUUUGACCUCAUCAUCAUGGAACCUCUGCCUCAUACAAUGAGGAAUUGAGCUGGCAGAUAAGGUUAGUAGUCACUGGGUGCCAGGUCUAGACUGUAGGGUGGAUGAUUGAGCUUGCUGAAGCCAUUCCCUCAGAGCAGCGUAGGCAUGGUGGGCUAUUUGGACCGGAACAUUGUUGUGGAGGACGACACCACGAGUCAAUUUGCCCCACCUCUUCUGACGGAGAGAGUCCCUCAAGAGACUGAGUAUGUACUCCGGUGUCGUACUUCCUUGUGAGCAUAAAUCUGUGCUGCAGAAAAUCCAUCAGCAGCACUCCCUCAACAUCCCAGAUGAUGGUGGCCAUGAUCUUGCCUACCAAUGGUUGGGUUAAAAAUUUGAGCAGUGUUGGGGAUCUCUUUGUUUCCAGACCAUGCUUUUGAACAUUAUCUCUAGGAUCCCAGUGGUGAAGAUCACGACCUUCAACCCAGAUUAUGAUGGGUCUGAUUAUAUAGAGUUAGCAGUUCCUCUGAACUUGUGCAGCACUGAAAGCGAUCAUGUAGAGAAAGAUUUUAGGGCACUCAAUAAGCAGAAAUUUUGUUCAUGCUCAGAUAAUGAUGAAUAAUGGUACAAACAUCUUGAAAAAUUUCAAUCUCCGACAAAAUUUCUUCCAUCUUUACUGAUAAAAUCUCCAUAAUUAUUGCCUCCUCACGAUCAAGUGUCUUCAGAGGUCGCCUCGGAGGGAUGUCCUACAUGAGGGUAAUUUUCAAGGGACUCAUGGCCAUAAUGAGCUGGUGACUGUGACAUGGAGAAGUGCAGUGUUGCUGUACACUGAUAAAAUUUUCAUGGAUGUCCUUCACAUUCUUCCCAUCUUUUGUCAAGAAAAUGAUUACUACACAAUACUUGAUCUUGCCUAUUGUUGGCAACUCUUGCCAACUGCAUCCAUUGUUUGCUCUCCUAAGACAGAGAAGGAAGUGAGGGAGUGUAGUAGCACUGUUUGUGAACAUGUCAGAACCUGUCCUAACCAGGCACAAGACAUAACUGGUUGCACUGACUAACAUACUGAAUUGCAGAACUUUCUCACUGCCUCUCUUAUACACUAAUCACAUUGUUACUACUAAUACUGUAUUAUUGUUGAUAAAAUUCUCUCUCUCUCUCUCUCUCUCUCUCUCUCUCUCAUUCCUUACCUCUGACAGAUAAAGGGGAGAGUAAAUGAUAAGGAGGAAGGCUUGAGAAGAGGAGAGGAAGAGAUAUGAAAAAGAAAAUAAAUUAAUGCAAGAAACAAUGAUAAUGUGUAGGUAGUAAUAGCAUGAUACUUUUGUUACAGCCAUACAAUUCAGAGGAAGCUCUCAUAAAAAGAGAGAGAUGAAUUAAUAUUAUAAAACAUUCAAUGACAAGGAUAUAUAUCUAAUCUUCUUGGGUAAGAUUUAUUGUCCAAUUAACAACUUCUCUGUAAGGCAGUGCACAAUAUACAUAACAUAAUAAAUUCUUCAGAAAUUAAAUGGUCUAAAUUUCAACUCUGAUAUGCAUGAGUACAAGCAGCAUUUCAGCAGCCUCUAGUGAUGGGGGGUAAGAUUCACGACAAUCCCAUUAUCUGGGACACUUAAAUUAUGAUAAUAAUAAUAAUAAUAAUAAUAAAAAAAACUAACCUCUAUCACACAAUGAAUAUAAAAGUAAUAUACUACUUUUAUACCACAGAGCUUAAAAAAUAAACACGGAAAGUAAAAUUUGAAAAAUAAUGAUAAUGAAUGAAAUCAACAUUUAUCAUGUACUCUGUUUUAUCUAGGAUACAAAGCCAUCUGUAAAGCAUUCUGUAUAAAACUUAGGAAACAACAUUGUUUUCAAGCAUAAUGAAGCUUCAUUCUUGAAGGCCUGCACUGAAAAGACCAAUCAUGAAGCAGGCAAAACUGCUAUGUAAAAUGAUGAGAAAACAAGUAAAGAUAAUAUGCAAAUAAACUGCAAGAAGACAAAACUCUUAAGUUAAUGUAUCAUAGAUCUCUGAGGCAAGUGUUCCAUAAUACACAGUGAUUAGCUGUACAUGGAAAAAAAUAAAUAAAUAAAAUAAAAUAAAAAAAAUAAAAAUAUCACAUUUGAUAAAUCAUGUUAUCAACUUUGGUGUGUGUGUGUGUAUGUGUGUGUGUGUGUGUGUGUGUGUGUGUGUGUGUGUGUGUGUGUGUGUGUGUGUGUGUGUGUGUGUGUGUGCAUACAAGUGUAAAUAUAUAAUGAUAUCAUCUGAAACUAACAUGUAUUUCACUUUAUAUAAUCAGACACAUAACACAAAAAUAUAAAUAAAUAAAUGCUAUAUCUAUUAUACACACCAUGGGCAUUACCUGACAAAGAGAAGCAUUAUCAACAGUGGGUACUGAUACUGAACCACCUAUCACCAUCACAUAACACAGGGAGGAACUGUAGCUGCUGUGGUUAUCGGGUUAACAAUGUGUCAUGCAUCAUGUACAUAGGAAGAAACAAUUUACAAGAAAGAUACACAAGUCAUUUCCUUGCAUAUUUACAAUUACAAUAAAUAAAUUUACUCGGACAUGAAUAUUAUUUUUAAGGAGGCAAUUUCAAGAGGACUCUCAGUAUAGUUUAUCUUUCUGUUUAAGUACUGUAAAUAUAUGAUACACAAAUAUAGUUUACUUUGUAUACUAAUUCUCAUAAUUAUGUUUGAUAAAUUGGUAUUUGCUGUGCAGUGUGUGUGUGUGUGUGUGUGUGUGUGUGUGUGUGUGUGUGUGUGUGUGUGUGUGUGUGUGUGUGUGUGUGUGUGUGUGUGUGUGUGUGUGUGUGUGUUAAUCAACCACAUUAUAUUUGUCUGUAUUGUCUACUGAACAGAAAACAUACUUUUUUUUGUCAAUUUCUCCAACCUUAGCACUUAAAAUGUGUGUGUGUGUGUGUGUGUGUGUGUGUGUGUGUGUGUGUGUGUGUGUGUGUGUGUGUGUGUGUGUGUGUGUGUGUGUGUGUGUGCGAGACAACCUUGAUAAUAUAACAAUAUUGCCUGUAAAGCACUAAAAUAUAGUUUUGAUCAAUAAGAA